GAGAGAGAGAGAGAGAGAUAAACCUUGUAAUCUCUUCUCUUCUCUUCUCAGAGCAGCUCGAAGGUAACAGCCAUGGAGUCUCUUCCCACACUUCACCACCGUAGUUAUCCUUCUCACCAACUCCUUUCCUUCACCCACCGUUUCCCUUCCCUCUCUAAACCCAUUUCUUCUCUUUCCUUCCGGUCUCUGCCGCCGUCUCGCCUCCGUUCGUCUGUCAGGUCGUUGCGUGUUAAAGCCUCGUCCUCUUCAUCGACCUCCGACGAUACCUCCCCUCUUAAUGUCGGCCUUCUGUCGGGAUUUCUCAAAACCGCUUGUAUUUCCGCUGCCGUUGCUGCAUUCUUCUUCCUUCGCUUCGACCAUCGACGUGCUGUUGCUGUUGCUGUCCAGGUGGCGCCGGAGACGACGGAGUCUACUGAUGAAUCGACGGAAUAUGAGGAAAAUGAAAGCGUUGUAGAAGAGAAACGAGCUGAUGAUUCGAAUGAUGUCGAAGCCCUUCGAUCUCUCGUUGAGGAGAAUGUGAAAUCAGGUAAACUUCCAGAAGCAAUUGAAGCCCUAAACCGUUUGAUUGAACUUGAACCGAAUGACCCUGAGUUGCCACUGUUAAAGGCUAAUUUCUAUAGCUAUAUGGGGGAGCUCGAAUUGGCGAAAAAUGAGUUUGAGGAUAUUUUAGCGAGAGACCCGUUUGUCGUUGAGGCUUAUCAUGGACUUGCAACGGUGGCGGAGCAAUUGAAUGAUAAUUCACUGAAGGAUGUUGCUAAAAGGAUCGAAGAAGCAAUGAAGAAGUGCAAGAACCAGAAGGACAAGUCAGAUAUAAGGGAUUUCAAGCUCUUGGUCGCGCAAAUUAAGGUAAUGGAAGGGAGUUAUCAUGAGGCAUUGAAAGCUUAUAAAGAACUUGUGAGGGAGGAGCCAAGGGAUUUUAGGCCAUAUCUAUGUCAGGGGAUCAUAUAUACUCUGUUAAGCAAGAGUGAGGAAGCUGAGAAAUACUUUGAGAAAUUUAGGAGACUUGUUCCAAAGAACCAUCCUUACAAAGAGUACCUUGAUGAAAACAUGUUUGCAACAAAGCUCAUUGCUCAGAAACUUGAAAAGGAGAGAGCUGGUUCGAAGAGAUGAGAUGAUUUCACACCCUGCUGCUUCUGUAUGAGUUAUCUCCUCACUUUUCACUGCUGUUCUAAAAUAGUCAUUUUUGUUAGUUUUUAGUAGUUUUGGAUUUAUUAGGGUGGUGUUAUAUAUCUGAAUUUUGCCUGAAGUUUUAUGUUUGUCUGAAUCUUUCAAUUGAGUCUCCUAUGGAGAAUACUGAUUAUACUUAUCUUUACUGAAAGUCUCACAGAAGCCGUGUUCCUUUCACUUAUUCAAACAAGAAAUUUUCUAUAAACAUGAAGAUUGUUGAA